UGGCCAUAUGUGGUGACAUGCUUGUCUAAUGAACUUCAAUCAGCUGAGGAAAAAUAAUUGGAGAUAAUUUUCUGGAGCUGGAGGUGCUCCGAUGCAUGAGAGACUGGACAAAGAGUGACUGAACGGUAAUCAGGUCGUCAGUGUGGGGCAAGGUGUGGAGUCGAGAGGAUUAUCGCAGGAACUAUGCUGGGGCUCGUUUUCUGUGGGAGAUUCACUCGUUUCGUGAGAAAUGACAGGAGUGCCAUUGGCUGGAGUGCUAGGAGCUAUUUUGCCACGAAUCCAGUGAAUUUUAAUAAGAACUCUUGCCUCAGCAAGUCUAGGCAUGCGAUAUCAGCUGUUGGUGUUAGGUGUUGCAGUGGCAAUGUGAUUGACCGAGCCCAAACGAAAAAGAAUGUUCCCCAAGCGAAGUCAGUUAUCACCCCUGUUAAAAAUCCCCUGAUUGUGGAUGGAGUCACUGGGGGUAAACCAGGGCAACAAAAGAGGAAUUGCUUUCAUCCUGGGGCUUCUACACUCAGCAGGGAUGACCUGCAUCUGAAGGACUAUCCUGCAGUCACUAGUGCGGAUAUGAUCAAGGCCAUGGGGAGUUAUAUUUGGCCAAAGGAAGAUCCUGACGUAAAAAAUCGAGUAAAAGUGGCUGUGGGAUUGCUCGUUGGAGCUAAACUCCUAAACGUUGCAGUUCCAUUCCUCUUCAAACAUGCAAUUGACAAAUUGAAUGCCGCAUCCAUAGCUGCUGGAGGUGAAGCUAUCCUCGGGAUGGGCACAGCACCUGAGACAGUGACGACUGUAGUGACGUCUCUCCUCAUCGGAUAUGGAAUUGCUCGUUUGGGAGCAGCUGGUUUCAACGAGCUCAGAAACGCAGUAUUUGCCAAAGUAGCUCAAGGGUCUAUUCGCAAAAUUGCCAAGAAUGUAUUCUUACAUUUGCACAAUCUGGACUUGGCGUUCCAUUUGUCGAGACAAACCGGAGCGUUAUCCAAGAUGAUCGACCGAGGAAGUCGUGGAAUUAACUUCGUCCUCUCAGCAAUGGUCUUCAACAUCAUCCCGACAGUGUUCGAGCUAGCCCUAGUCAGUACGAUACUAGGAAUAAAUUGUGGCCCUGAGUAUGCGGAAGUGGCGUUUGGAUGCGUUGGGGUCUACGCAGCGUUCACACUGGCCAUCACCCAGUGGAGGACCAAGUUUCGUGUCUACAUGAAUAAAGCUGAGAAUGAGGCUGGGAACAAGGCCGUUGACUCCCUCAUUAAUUACGAGACAGUUAAAUACUUCAAUAAUGAGAAGUUUGAGGCCGAGAGGUACGACGAGUCUCUGAAGAAGUACCAGGAGGCCUCGUUGAAGACUAGCACCAGCUUGGCACUUCUUAAUUUCGGGCAGAAUGCCAUUUUCAGUGCUGCUUUGAGCCUCAUUAUGGUGAUGGCAGCCAAAAAUAUCGCCAAUGGGACGAUGACUGUUGGAGAUCUAGUGAUGGUCAAUGGAUUACUCUUCCAAUUGUCAGUUCCUCUGGGAUUUUUGGGGUCUGUUUAUCGAGAGGUGAGACAAGCUCUCAUUGACAUGCAGACCAUGUUUGCACUUUUGGCUCGUGAUCCCACAAUCAAGACUAAACCUAAUGCAACUCCAUUCUCUGUGACUCCAACCACCUCCGAAAUUGUGUUUGACCGAGUCAACUUUCAAUACGUCGAGGGGAAGACGAUCCUGAACGACAUGAGUUUAACCAUUCCGAGUGGGAAGAAAGUAGCCAUCGUUGGUGGCUCUGGUUCUGGUAAAACUACAAUCGUGAGGUUGCUGUAUAGAUUCUUCGAGCCUCAGGAUGGCAGAAUCACUAUAAAUGGGCACAAUAUUGCAGAUAUUGAUCUCGAUGAUCUUAGGAGGACAAUUGCUAUUGUUCCACAAGAUUCUGUACUCUUCCACGAGUCAAUUUUCUACAACCUCCACUACGGAAACUUGAGCCGAAGCAAGGAAGACGUGUACGAGGCAGCGAAAAUGGCAAAUCUCCACGAGUCCAUUCUCAAAUGGCCCAAGGGCUACGACACACCUGUCGGAGAGAGGGGAUUGAAAUUGAGUGGAGGUGAAAAGCAACGUGUGGCGAUUGCACGUGCGAUUCUGAAGAAUAGCCCCAUUUUGAUAUUCGAUGAGGCCACGUCGUCGUUGGACUCAAUUACCGAAAGUCACAUUUUGGAAGCCCUCCGACGAGCAACAACGGGUCGCACCUCGAUUGUGAUCGCCCACCGUCUCUCCACGGUGAUGGACGCAGACGAGAUUCUAGUCCUCGACAACGGUAAACUAGUGGAACGGGGCACCCACCAGGAGCUCGUCGUCAGCCCCCAGUCGAUCUACAACAGACUCUGGGACGCCCAGAACGCCGGAGUCCUCAAGUCCCAGGAGCAGCAGAAACUACGACAGCAAGGCUCUACCUAACGAAACUCAUCUGUUAGCCCCAAUAACUCAUUGUCGAUUGUAAAAAUCAAAUCAACCCCGAUGAUGAUUUAAUGUAAAUACAGAAUUACGCAAAUGACUGCAUGUGAUAGUAUUUUCGUAAUGUACAUAAAAGAAUAUUUGAAAAAUGAAAGUAAUUGUGGAAAAUAAAGUUGAGUUGACGAAGCAGUUAAAAAAUUCA